ACGAGCCCUAGGUAUGAGCAAUGGUGUUCACGAGCUCGUAAAGCUAACUUCAACGGCGUAACUUCUUAGCUAGCAGCUAAAGACGAUUUUUAUUUAGCUAGCUUAACGUCAGUGUCGCUUUUUGAAUCAAACAGAGUCAGUAAUACGACAAUUAAUUUACUCUUUGCGACAGUAAUUUGCUCUUUUCCAGAACUGACACCAUGACCAAGUUAAACUGUGUUAAUCUUGACCAGUUUAUGGAGGAGUUUGCUGAACUGGAAAAGGAAAUUACAGCGGUUAAUGGCAAAAACAACCUGUUGGAGAUCAUGCUGGAGGAUGCCAAUAGACUCAUUAAAUUCUAUCUGACCAAGGAGAAAAGUCUGAUUGAGGAGAGAGACAGCCUUCUCAUCACAGUCAGCAGACUGCAGCAGACUCUACAGGAGCAGUGCAACCUCAGAGUGGAGAACGAGAGACUGAAGAACAAUAUGGCGCACAUGAAACGACAGAACGAGAGAUCAGCAGAGUACGGAGAGGCUGAGCUUCAGCGGCUGGUCGGUGAAAUGAAAACAGAAGAAGACAGACACAAGAGGGAGCUAGAGGCUGUGAGGCAGCAGUGCAGGAGAGAGGUGGAGCAGGCUCACAGGAAGGGUUUCAGUCAGUUGGAAGCCAAAGAUGCAGAAGCAAAGAAGCUACUGGAGGAAAAGGAUAUGGAUCUGGAGGAGAUGAAGAAGAGGCUGAAGGAUCAAGAGAGGGAGAGGCAGAGCGAGCUCCUCAAGUUACAAAUGGAGUUUGGUGCGAAGUUAGCCAGAGUUCAGAAUACAGCUCAGUGGAGUCAACAGCAGCAGCAGCAGCAGCAGCAACAACAUGGCUCCAACCUUCUCCCUCAGAGUGUCUUCAAGAGGAAGCUGCAGUUCUUCCAGGAGGAGAAGAACAAGGAGAUUGUGGCUCUGCGUCAGAGAAUCAAAGAGCUGGAAGAGAACCAGCGUGCCUGCGGCCUCAAUGACAACCGCCUGAAGAGGAGGAAGAUCUAGGUUGUUUCGAGGCUAAUGAUGCUAAUGAGCUGUUGACCUGUCAGCUCUGCAGGUGCAUGAGGCUCCUGACUCUCAGGGGGCAGCAGUAACUAGAGGGUUUUAAAAUGUAUGGAUUUGUAUUUCAGUCUCAUUUCAAAGCAAAAUUCCUGAGUUGUCGACUACUACUACUACUCUACCACCUGUUUUGCUCUGUCACACCUGACCAGAUUUGCAGUUUCACUGCCCUGCUCGCAGGUGACCAAUGUGCAGAGAGUACAUUUAAACACAGGACAUAUUCCUGUCUAAGGCUUUAAUCCAAUCAGACGUCUGCAGGGUGCGGGAGGAGGGAGGUGGAGGUGUCAACAUUGAAGAAGCAAUAGCUAGCUGGAAGGCCAGUCCCAUUCAAGGAGUUAACCUCGUUUAUCUCCUUUCAUUCAAAGAAAUAAGAAAUAAUUUAACUCUGAGUCAUUUUCCUGUUUUUUUUCAGGUUCCUUUAAGUCAAACUCUUUCUAUUAAUCUUGACAUCUUGAAGUCCGCUUCCUGUAACUUCUGUUCAACGACUUCCUGUUGUUUAUGUUUAAGAAAGCAGGGGUCUGCAGUGAUCUGCUUUCCUCAGUA